AUGGCGGUAUAGGCAGUUCCGCUUCCAGGUGACGCGAGCGGGCCGGGCUUGAGGAAGAUGGCGGUAGCGGCAGGAGUGUCCGGGUGGGGUGGCCGAGGGGUGGCACGCGCCUCCCUGCGCUGGGCGCUCGGCCUCUUCUUGCUGCUAGGCUCGGCGCCUCAGCCGGGUGCCGCCACCACUCACUGGGUGGUCACCGAAGAUGGCAAGAUUCAGCAGCAGGUUGACUCUCCAAUGAACCUGAAACAUCCCCAUGAUUUAGUAAUACUAAUGAGACAGGAAACAACUGUUAACUACCUCAAAGAGCUAGAGAAAAAAUUAGUUGCUCAAAAAAUCCAUAUAGAAGAGAAUGAAGACAGAGACACAGGACUGGAACAAAGGCAUAAUAAAGAAGAUCCAGAUUGCAUUAAAGCAAAGGUUCCCUUGGGGGACUUGGAUCUCUAUGAUGGCACAUACAUCACUUUGGAAAGCAAAGAUAUCAGCCCUGAAGACUAUAUAAACACAAAGUCUCCUUUACCUCUAGAGCUAGAACAGCCAGAAUGUACAAAAAUUCUAGAUCUUCCAUAUAGUAUUCAUGCAUUCCAGCAUCUACGGGGUAUUCAAGAAAGAAUUAAUCUUUCUGCACCCUUAUUACCUAAAGAAGAUCCUAUAUUGACUUACUUAUCAAGACGGUUAGGAAGAAGCAUAGAGGAGAUAGGCCAUCGCAUUUAUGAAGGUCUCAUGAAGAAUUCUUCUUCUUGGGUUUUAUAUAAUAUGGCUUCCUUCUAUUGGCGAAUAAAGAAUGAGCCGUAUCAGGUGGUAGAAUGUGCCAUGCGAGCUCUGCAUUUUUCUACAAGGCACAAUAAAGAUAUUGCACUGAUAAACCUGGCAAAUGUGUUGCACAGAGCACACUUCUCUGCUGAUGCAGCCAUCAUGGUCCAUGCGGCUCUAGAUUUCAGUGAUGUCUUCACCAGUUAUUAUACUUUAGGAAACAUAUAUGCAAUGCUUGGAGAAUACAACCACUCAGUGCUAUGUUAUGAUCAUGCUUUACAGGCCAAACCAGGGUUUGAGCAAGCCAUUAAAAGGAAACAUGCUGUCCGAUGUCAGCAAAAGCUUGAGCAGAAAUUGGAGGCUCAACACAGAUCACUUCAGCGAACAUUAAAUGAACUGAAGGAAUAUCAGAAGCAACAUGACCAUUACUUGAGACAGCAGGAGAUCUUAGAAAAGCACAAGCUGAUUCAGGAAGAGCAAAUCCUGAGGAACAUUAUCCAUGAGACACAGAUGGCGAAAGAGGCACAGCUAGGGAACCAUCAGAUUUGUCGCCUGGGCAACCAGCAACACAGUUUGCAUUGCCAGUGGGAUCAACCUGUUCGUUAUCACCGCAAUGACAUGUUUGAAAAUGUUGAAUAUGUGGAGUUCAGUGGUGCUGAUUCAAUCUCCAGUAUGACAUCUAUAAAUUCUGAACUUCAUGCCAACCACAGUGACCUCAGCCAUUCCUUGGAGUCUUCCCCUUUGGUCCGUUCUGUCUUCUCACUCUGGGGUCUAGACUCUGAUGCUUUCCAGGAGAAACAGAAUAUUAUGUGGCCUAAAAGGUCAGAUUGUAUAAAGUCCUAUCCAGUCAUCCCUUCCCCAGAGGAACUUCCAUCUUAUUUCCUGCAACCAGAAAAUAGGGGACAAAGAAUCCAUUCAGUGCUUAACAGCCCAGGCAACGACCAUGCACAAACAGAGGUCUAUGAGCCAGAUUGUUCUUCCAUUACUGAUGACCAUAACAGUGAUUCUACAUCCAUUUUGAUCAAAGAACUAGACAGUCAUCUAGAUCUGAGCGUAAAGAUGCCAGAUGAUCAUGCGAAACAAAUAUUAUACACUCGUGUCAACAACCAGUCAAUUACACAGCAGCAGAUAGGGUCAUUCAUCCAUCAUGCCAUUGUAAAGGCAAGAGAUCCCUUAUGGCUGGCACUCAAUGAAGCGGGUCUGUACUGGCGUGCAUUUGGAAAUGGCACCUAUGCCUUCACUUGCUUAAGAAAAGCAUUUAACUUGACCCCACAUGAAUUUCAGGAUAUCCCUUUAGUCAAUCUAGCCAACCUUUUGAUUCACUAUGGCCUUCACUUGGAUGCCACCAAGGUUCUGCGAAAAGCUUUAGCCAUCAAUGGCUCUGAGCCUUUGACUUGGUUGAGCUUAGGAAAUGCCUACUUGGCUCUGAAGAAUGUUAGUGGAGCAUUACAGGUUUUCAGACAUGCCCUGGAUAUUGCUACAAAAUGCCUGGAGUGUGAGAGGAGCUUGAAGCUGAUCCGCUGUUUGCAGUUCUAUCCAUUUCUGUACAACAUCACCCCUUCCACCUGCAGUGGCCACUGCCAUGAGAGGAGCCAAGAUGACAGCCAUCCCAAGCAGAAGUACUUCAACGUGCACGAUUCUAAGACAAUAUCCGUGGAAGAAAAUCUUGAGGCAGCUACUGAAGACGAUUCGGCAGAUCUUGUUCCUAAUUCUGCAAGGGAUUCAUCUUUGAGUUUAGAAAGCACUGUGAUUGCUGAAAGCAACGGCUCAGAAGAAGUAGAGAGUAUAGGAGAUGCUCAGAUGUCUGAGGAGAUGCUGGCAUUAGUGGAUGAAUUUGAAAACUCUUGGCCUCUUGAAGCCUUUGAAGGAGCAUUGGAAGUGAAAGGCCAUCGGAUGGACUUGCAAGGGAUCCGUGUCCUCAAGAAGGGUUCUCAGGAUGGGCUUGCCAGCUCCUGCUUUGGUGAUUGUGGAGAGGAUGAUGACGACGAAGACACCGAAUGGAUCACAUUCCAAGUAAAACGUGUAAAGAAACCCAAAACUGAUAGUCUGGAACCGCAGGAGCCUGCUGGAAGAACUGGAGAGGAAGCUCUAAAUGGAGAAAGCGAGAACCUUUACCAAAUGGCCCUGGAAAUCAGCGGGCCAAAAAUCCCCUCCCCUGGACCACCAGGAAAAAGGAGAGACUACCGCAGCUUGGGCUGGCCAAGUCCUGAUGAGUGCAUCAAACUCCGUAGAGUAGAGCUGACUACGGUAGCCAGCACAUGGCUAGCUGUUUCUGCAAAAAAUAUUGAUAUUACUGAACACAUCGAUUUUGCCACUCCACUGCAAGAACCAGCCAUGGAGCCUCUCUGUAAUGCCAACCUCCCUGCCAGCAUGCACACAUUAGAUCAUCUCCAGGGCGUUGCCAGUCGUGCCAGUCUACAUUACAUGGGAGAAAGUCAACUGAAGGAGGUAUUGCAGAAUCUUGGAAAAGACCAUUAUCCACCACAGUCUUUAGAACAAGUUGGUACUCGAAUAGCUAAAGUGCUAGAAAAGAAUCAAACGUCCUGGGUCCUCUCCAGCAUGGCAGCCCUUUACUGGAGGGUAAAAGGUCAAGGGAAGAAAGCAAUUGACUGCCUCCGUCAAGCUCUGCAUCAUACACCCUACCACAUGAAGGAUGUGCCACUCAUAAGCCUAGCAAACAUCUUCCACAAUGCAAAACUUUGGAACGAUGCCAUUGUCGUGGCUACAAUGGCAGUAGAAAUCGCCCCGCACUUUGUCGUCAAUCAUUUCACACUGGCUAAUGUCUAUGUAGCAAUGGAAGAGUUCGAGAAGGCAAUGAGAUGGUAUGAAUCAACACUGAAACUGCAGCCUGAAUUUGCCCCAGCAAAGAAUCGAAUCCGUGCCAUUCAGUGUCAUUUACUUAUGAAAAAAGAAAGACGUUCUCCUUAAGGAGCACAAUCUUCUUCCCUUUUUUUCUUGUAUUUGUUUUUUAAGGCAACAAAAUCAUUGUUCACUAUUAUGCUUGUAAUGAGGUGUGCUAAUAUAAUCUGGGAAACCAGGAUUUGUGCUAAGAAUUGAAGGUUGGUUUUAUUAUUCAGAAACCAAAAGACCUAUGGGGAGCUACAUUAAAAAUACUUUACCACAAUUUUGUAUAAUUAAAUAUUGAGCCCAGAAACCUUCCACAUGCCUGUGAACCAAACACCAUUAGAGUCCCAUGAAACUCAAAUUGAUGCCAGCAUCGAAUGUAACCUGCUUCUUGUCUUAGCAUAUCUAUGAAAAUGCAAAGCACAUUGUUGCACCAGACACUGUACGUAGCAAGAAGCCAUAAUUAGCUUUUCAUCCAUCAGAAAUUCAUGUUCUGCCAUCUCAGCCAGUCCAUAUUGUAGCAUUACCAGCUCAGAGAAAGAUUAAGAGAUAAAAGUGCAGGUGGCUGCAGACCAUUUUUAAUGUGUUUUGGGAGCAUACAAUCUUUUUAUCUACACUUUUUCCAUGGGGGGAGGGAGCUGGGGAACAGUGAGAACAGCAACUGAAAUUAAAUGUACAUUGGUGAAAAGACAAAAAGGAAGCAAAUAAGACAAAAUAUUAUUUUGGAGAUUUUAUAUCUAUAUAUUUGAAGGACACUGCAGCCCUUAGCCUGCCUUUUACUAAUUAUUUUUUUUACCCAACUGAUUUUAAGUUGCAAAUGUUAAAGACGUGCACACAUGCUCUUUCUCUCUGAAAGCUAGGGAAAGCGAGAACAAACAAAUGGUCUGUUUCCAAAUCAGCUUCCACCGUGGUCAGUGAAGGACCUGGAGCUCCAGAUUUCAUUGUUGAAUCAACAAGGACACAUAACUUAGGGAAAAAAUAAACUAUUAUAUUAAUGAACUGAA